AUGGGUUGUUGUUAAUCAGAUACUAGAACAAUGAAAAACGAAUAUAAAGGAUUAACAGUAAAACAUGUAGAUAACAGAUAUUAAGAUUAACAAUCUUUAUCUAAAAUAGUAAAAAUAUAAUCAUAUGUUCGGGGAUAAAAAGAUAGAGAUAUCGUCAAAUAAUUAAAACAUUAGUAUUAAGAACAUGCACCAAGUACUUAAGUUGCAGUUCCAUAUAACAAAGCACCUUAAACUGAUAGAAUAUAAGUUUAGCAAAUAUUAGAUAUAAAAUAUAAUUACCCAAUACGAAAUGAGUUUAAAGAUUUAGUAAAACUCCCACCAUAUAUAUUUAAAAUAACAAAAGCAGUAUAUAAAGGGUAAUGGUUAAAUGGAAAAAGACAUGGUAGAGGAAUUUAAUUUUGGUAAGACGGUUCAGUAUAUUAAGGUGAAUGGGAAAACGAUAAAGCAAAUGGAAAUGGAAGAUUAAUACAUGCAGAUGGUGAUUAUUAUGAAGGAUAAUGGAUUGAUGAUAAAGCUUAAGGAAAAGGAAAGUUUGUGCAUAUAGAUGGACAUUAGUAUUAAGGAGAUUGGAUUGAAGAUUUAUAACAUGGUUAUGGAAUAGAAGAAUAAAAAAAUUUCAUUUAUGAAGGAUAAUUUGUUAAUGGUUUAAAACAUAUAAAAGGAAAACUUACUUGGAAGCAGGAUGGAUCUUAUUAUGAAGGUUAGUUUGAAAAUGGUAUUAUUCAAGGAUUUGGAACUUAUUAUUAUCAAAAUGGAAAAAAAUAUGUAGGAAAUUGGAGAUAUUCAAAAAUGAAUGGAUAUGGAGAACUUUAUUAUCCAAACAAAAAAAUUUAUAAAGGUAAUUUUGAAAAUGAUUAAAAAUUUGGAUAAGGUGAAAUGAUUUAUCCUGAUGGAAAAAUAUAUAUUGGAUAAUGGAGAAAUAAUAAAUAAAAUGGAGAAGGUAUAGUUAUAACUACUGAUGGAAGAAAAGGAAAAGGUUUUUGGCAGGAUGGUAUAAGAAUCAAAAUUUAUGAUGAUUAGGAUUAUAAUGAUUGAUAAUGUUAAUAUUAUGUGAUAU